AUGCAACUCCUGAGACCACGUCUCGUACACGCCGAGCGGCAGCUCCUCCGGGCAAAGGGCCUCAUCCAGCCUUGCCAACCUAGCGUGCACAGCUAUCCCGUGGCGAGCCGACGGUUUUCAACCUCCCGCCAAGCACGGGCAAAAAACCAGGUUUACGCCCCAGUCCGCAACCUCGACCAAUUCCACACCUACCAGCUCCUCUCCUCCUCCUCCCGCACCCCCCUCCUAACCCUCUGGACAACCUCCUACUGCACCACCUGCCGCGUCGUCACACCCCUCCUGCACCAACUCAUCGAAACCGGCGUGGGCGAGUCCGAAGGCGGCGUCGGCUUCUGCACCGUCGAGUAUGACCACCCGGAUGUGAUGUCGGCCGGGCUGGGCCUGACCUACAUGAUCAACUCCAUCCCGACGCUGCUGAGUUUUGAUGCGGGCGAGGCGCAGGUGCAGACUAAGGUCUCGGAUGGGAAGAAACUGGCGGAUCGGGGGUUUUUGGAGGAGUGGAUUCGGAAUGAGGCGAGGAGGCAUGGGAAUCGUGGAGGUGGAGGGCCGGGUGGGGGGUCGAAUUUCUUGACGAGUAUCUUUGGGAGGUCGUGA